UAAACUUUUGGAAUAACACAGACUUUUGAAAGUUUUUUUUUGGGCUGCAUUGGCUUGUGCAUCAGGGUAUAUCAGCUGCAGAAAGGACAGCCAGGGCUUCAAACAGUGGCGGGGAGCGAGGAGGUCCUGCCCACAGAUGGCGUCAAGAGCUGUCAGUGACGUCAUCAUUGUGGCCGACGGUGCUUGGGAGAGGAGGACAUUUACCCACGUAUUCUCCCUGUAUUUCUCGCUCCUCAGCACCUCGUCCCUCCCGGCCCAGAUAUUCUCCUGAUGCAGUACUAAAUGAGGAGGAGAGCAAGGUUCCAUUUCAAGCUGGACACAAACAUUCAGUGCCAAGGGGUUGUGCAUCACUGGCAGUAGGUGGUGGUGGUGGCAGGGAUGACACACAAACAAUGACUCGUCUACCUGAGGUUUGAGGCUUGGGAUUCAAAACCAAAGAAUAGCAGAAGAGCCUAGAAGAAGAGGACACGGGGAGAGGUUGAGCUACCAGAAGGAAAUUUAUUGUUUUGGAUGUCUAUAUAAACCGCCAAAUUGAGUACAUUCGGCCACCCCUUCCCACCCUUCAGCAUGUCUGACGACGAGGAUAAGCCUCCUGCUCCACCUGUCAGACUGACGUCCACAAGUGUGUUCCUGCACAGGGCUGAGACAGUCAUGGCAGUGGACAUGAGGCCUCUACCAAAGGAACCCGAGUCAGAGAAGAAGAAGCAUAAGGGACAUAAGGGAGGAAAGAGGCACAAGGAAGCUGACAAACCCAACAUCUCCUACCCAACCAACUUUGAACACACCAUCCAUGUGGGGUUCGAUGCAUGCACGGGAGAGUUCACGCACACUGCAAACUACACAAACUGCACUGGUAGUUCCCAGUACACCCCAAGACCAUCCUUUGCAAUGUGGGAUACUGCAUUAAAUGAGUAUAAGGGUAUGCCAGACUCCUGGACCAAACUGCUCUCUAUCUCGAACAUCAGCAAGCAGGAGCAGAAGAACAACCCCCAGGCCGUUCUCGAUGUUCUCAACUACUAUGAUGCUUCCACCAAAGAGCAUCAGACCUCAAAAUUCAUGACAGUCGCGAAGACCGUCGGUGAGUACCCCUCUCCUCGGCCGAGCUACCAGGCAGGCAUCAACACCACCACCAGCUACCCCGCCACCCCGUCACCCCACAAAAUCUCAGAUGCCUCUUCAGGAUCUCCGUCAACACCAGAAACCUGCUCAGAAGUCAGUUCUAUCCUCUGCUAUACAUCAAAGGUCCCUGAAGAAGAAGAGGAAGAACCACCACCACCUCCCAUUGCAACCCGACCUGAACGAACUAAAUCUAUAUACACUAAACCAGUGGAAGAUGAAGCUAAUGCAAAUGGGGCAGCUUUUGAUAGCAACCGUAACCCCCAGCAGGCCACCAGCAUCACCCCUGCACCACCCACCACCCCAGCACCAACGCACCCCGCAACUAACACAAGUACAAGCACGGCAAUAGAAAGGACGGCAGAGAAGCAGAAGAAGAAGAAAAUGAGUGAUGAGGAGAUUUUAGAACGACUGAGAAGCAUAGUGUCAGUAGGGGACCCCAAUAGGAAAUAUACCAAAAUGGAGAAGAUUGGACAAGGAGCCUCAGGGACGGUGUACACUGCCAUAGAGACGGCCACAGGCAUGGAGGUGGCCAUCAAGCAGAUGAAUCUCUCACAGCAGCCAAAGAAGGAGCUUAUCAUCAAUGAAAUUCUGGUCAUGAAGGAGAACAAGCAUCCCAAUGUUGUGAACUACCUGGACUCGUACCUUGUCAAUGAGGACCUCUGGGUGGUGAUGGAGUACCUCCCUGGUGGCUCCCUCACAGACGUGGUGACGGAGACCUGCAUGGACGAGGGGCAGAUAGCAGCAGUGUGCAGGGAAGUGUUGCAGGCACUUGAGUUCUUGCAUGUGAGUCAAGUUAUUCACCGUGACAUCAAAUCUGACAACAUCCUCCUUGGAAUGGAUGGCAGUGUGAAGCUAACUGAUUUUGGCUUCUGUGCACAAAUCUCCCCUGAGCAAAACAAGCGCACCACCAUGGUGGGGACGCCCUACUGGAUGGCCCCGGAGGUGGUGACACGGAAGCAGUACGGCCCCAAGGUGGACGUAUGGUCGCUGGGCAUCAUGGCCAUUGAGAUGAUUGAAGGGGAGCCGCCAUACCUCAAUGAGAACCCCCUCAGAGCACUGUACCUGAUAGCAACCAAUGGUAAGCCUGAGAUUAAGGAGAGGGAGAAAUUGUCCCAUGUGUUCCAAGACUUCCUUGACCACUGCCUCGAUGUGGAAGUUGAGACGCGCUCCACUGCUCACGAACUCCUCAAGCACCCCUUCCUCAAGUUGGCUCGGCCACUCUCAAGUCUCCAUCCGCUCAUUGUAGCAGCUAAGGAGGCAGCCAAGAAUAUCCUGUGUGGCAGUUCGUCAUGGUCUGAGGGCGGGCAGGUCAGCCAGGCGAGGAGAGCAUCGGGCCAGACUGUGAACUCAAUCAAGCACAGACUCUGGAUGAGUUUAGUAGAUGGACUGAAGUCAAUCAUUGGUCCUCUGUCAGCAAGCACCUGGGGCAGUAAGAAGGCACAGCACGUGAUGACUUCUAGCCACAUGGAGAUGACCCUCAGCACUCCAAACUGUUCCCAGUGCAUCCAUGUGUCAGGAGUAAUGCUUGUCUUCCUCUGCCUACCAACCUGUCCGGCCCACGCACGAGCAGCAUCAACACCUCCCAGCAUGUCGAACCGCGCCCCUCCUGGAGUACCCAAGAAGUGGAAUAACGCCCCUCUGCCGCCCACUCGCAUCUCUUCCAUCGAAAUGCCCAACAAGAACCUGAAGCCGCUCCCCAAGACGCCGGAGCCAGACCGCAGGAAGCUAUCUAGUCUGGUGAAGCGGCGGCGGAACAAGACGGUGCCCAACAUCUCCCUCCCGACCCACGUGACUCAUGUCGUCCACGUGUUCUUCAACGAGAAGACCCAGUGCCUUGAGGGUCUGCCGGAAGCAAUGAAGGCGAUCUUGGCCACGUCCAACAUCACGGUGGAGGAGCAGCAGAAGAACCCCAGCGCCGUGUACCAGGCCAUCAAGUACUUCCAGUUACAGGACUCGGUGGUCAAGGAUAAGUAUAUGACGCACGGCAAUGAUACAGACAGAGACUACGAUGAGCUUCCUCCUCCCCGCCCUGUGACUAGAUUCCAAGACAAUGAUUAUGAUGAACUGCCUCCGCCCCGCCCUGUUGAGAAUCUCCCCACCAUAAGGGAGUCAAGAGAGUCACGGGAACUGAGGCAGCACGUACCCAAGAGCCCCGCCUUGACGGACGCAGGUGCCCCGCCCAUCGCGUCCCGCCCAGAGAGAACCAAGUCAGUCUACACCAAACCCGUGGAUGAGGUGGACGGCGGCCUCUUGCCCAUCCGAAGACCUCGCAGCGGCAGUGACGGGCAGAUCUCACCACUGAGGGAGAAGAAGCCGGACAAAGCAGCCAGCCAGAGGGAGGACAUCCUGAAGAAGCUGCGGGCGGUGGUCAGCGUGGGCAACCCGACCAAGAAGUACAAACGCAAAGCCAAAAUUGGACAAGGGGCGUCUGGGGAGGUGUACACAGCUCAGAAUUUGAAGACAGGCGAGGUGGUGGCGAUCAAGAUGAUGACCCUAAGCAAGCAGCCGCGUCCGGAGCUUAUCUUCAACGAGAUUCUGGUGAUGGAGAACAGCAAGCAUCCUAACAUUGUCAACUACCUCGACUCCUACCUGGUGAACGAGCAGCUCUGGGUGGUGAUGGAGUACCUGGAGGGCGGCUCGCUAACAGACGUGGUGGUGGAAACGGUUAUGGAAGAGAAACAUAUUGCCGCUCUCUGCAGGGAGGUGCUUCAGGCUCUUGAGUUCCUGCACCGAGACAACAUCAUUCAUCGAGAUAUUAAGUCAGACAACGUACUGCUCGGCAUGAACGGGGAGAUUAAGAUAACUGACUUCGGUUUCUGCGCUCAGCUGUCCCCGGAGCGUAACAAGAGGUCUACCAUGGUGGGGACGCCCUACUGGAUGGCGCCCGAGGUGGUGACAAGACAGAUGUACGGAACUAAGGUGGACGUAUGGUCGCUCGGAAUCAUGGCCCUGGAAAUGCUAGAUGGUGAGCCGCCCUACAUGAACGAGGACCCAGUGAGAGCCAUCUAUCACAUCUCCACGAACGGCAAGCCUGAGAUCAAGAAGAGGGCCUUACUCUCUCCAGACUUCGAAAACUUCCUGGACCAGUGUCUGCAGGUGGACGAAGCCCAGCGACCCUCCGCCUCCCAGCUCCUCAAACACCCAUUCCUGAAGUGCGCAGCGCCGCUUGUGUCCCUGCGCGUCCUCAUCGAAGCUGCGCGCGGAAGUAUUGCCAAGAAAAAGUAUAUGGAACCGUGAAGCGAAAUUUUUACUGUACGAAUAUAUGUUGAUAUUUUGAGACACUGAAGUUAUGGGAUCUGGAUGGAACGAGGGAGGGGUGAGAGAGAGGGAAGGGGGUGAGGGGAUUAGUGAGUGAUAGUGAUAAGCGUGUGUGUGUGUGUGUUUGUUACUUACCCUUGUUCAUAAGCAUGUUAUCUUACUUUUUUUUAGGCCUUAGAGAAAGCUGCAAAUAUGUUAAAUAACGUUCGUAUGUUUUUUUUUUUUUCAUGUAGUGAGGUGAGCGUGAUGUGUGUGUGACCUUUCCUGUGAUAUGAUGAGUAGAGAAGCGCUGGAGUGGCGUGGCAGUCCGUAUUCAGAAACUUUUUCCCUCUCCACCAUAGAAAUGAUUAGUCGAGUUCUCAAGACUGUUUCUCCUUUAAAUCAUGUAGAAAUCUUGUUAAUCUGUCACUAGAACCGUAAAAAAUAUCCUUAAAAGCCAGUGAAGCUUCAAGUAGAGGCUUUUGAAAGUAGCGGAGGUACGGGGAGGUGUUUCAGAAUAUGGUCUUGUGGGUCUGGCUUGCUUCUCGCUCCCACCCCUCGUCUCAUCUCCUUCAGUCUUCACAGCUUCCAGGAAAUUAAUUGCUUGCAUGCUUAUAAGAAAAAAAAUAUAUUAAUUUCCACUUUAUUUAUUUAUUUUCUAUGAUAGUUACUUAAGUCCUAGCUCAUAAGGAUCAAAUUGCAACUCGUUUUCUAUUUCAAUUCGUCGCAAGAGUGUUUUGAUUUGAAAGUGCUUAGUGUCCACAGUAUAUGUACGUACAUACACACUGUGGAAGGGAUGUAUGAACUAACUUAAUCUAACCUAACCAGACCUGACCUAACCUGACUUAACUAACCUAACCUAAGCUAACCUAACCAGACCUAACCUAAAUCAACCUAACCUAACUAAACCUAACGUAACCUAACCUAACUAAACCUAACCUAACCUAACUAAACCUAACCUAACCUAACCAGACCCGACCUAACUAAACCUAACGUAACCUAACCUAACUAAACCUAACCUAACCACACCUAAAUCAACCAAACCUAACCUAACUAAACUUAACGUAACCUAACCUAACUAAACCUAACGUAACCUAACCUAACUAAACCUAACGUAACCUAAUCUAACCAGACCUGACCUAAAUCAACCUAACCUUACCGAAUUGAAAUGGGGAAAUCUCUCAUGCGUCGAGUAAUUUGGAAAUGACGCGAUGCCAUGAAGAGGUAUAAAUGGUAGUGAUAAUUCCUCUGUAUAAGAGAAGCUGACAAAGGGUCUGGCUAAAUGAAAGGGAAGGAAGGAAGGAAGGAAGUCUUAUAUUAGUAAGGAUAAGCGUAUAUCUAUGUAUAUAAUUACUUUAAGGUUAUAAUUCGUGGUGAUGUUUGUGUAACUGGAAAAGGAGAUCGCUAUGUUGACGCAGUAUAAAGGUUAGAUAAUCAGACAUACGUGGAUAUUAAUUAAAUAUAAUAGGUAAAUAAUAGAUAUACGUAGAUGCAUACACGAGGCGGGCGAUGUGUGUGUGUGUGUGUGUGUGUGUGACUGUUAAGGCAGUGAUGCUCGGAGCCACGUUGAUACAGGUACGGUCACACGGGUACAGGCAUACAGGUACAGUUAUACAGGGAUAGUUAAAUAGGUACAGUUAGAAGUACAUUCGCACAGGUAGAGCCACACAGGUAGAGUCACACAGGUAGAGUCACACAGGUAGAGACACACAGGUUACAGUCACACAGGUUACAGUCAUACAGGUACAGGUGCAGCUACACAAGUACAGCCACAAAAAUACAGUCACAUAUACAGACGAAGACCCUUUAAAAAUAAUCAGUACAAGUAAACAUGAACGAACAUGAAAAAUGAUAUAAAACAAACUUUUCUUUUUCUUACAUACACAAUCUGCAAGAAACAAUCAUGUCUUUAAAUUUCUGAAUAAAUCCUCUACUUUCUACUUGACGAGGUUCUUGGGAUGUUUAAUAAUACGAGUCUUUAACACGCUGGAGCCUCGCCGCAACGCUCACCCCCCUCUCUGUCAUGACUCAAGAGAGGCAGUGACGGUAACGUGUGGGUGCGAAUGGCAAGGGUUGAGUAAAUGUUUUUUUUUUUAUUCAUCGGCGACGCAAACUAAUAAUGAUGUUAUCUCGCUGUGCUUCCUCGCUUUUGAGAUUACGGAAUGUGAAAGCAGAAGAGAUAAAUUAUAUAUUCUACAUUCUGA